CCCCUCUCAUACCUUUCCUUCUUUUCAUUCCCUUAUUACACACUCAACAAUUCACACUCUCCCAACCCAAACCCCCUUUUACUCAAAAUUUGCAUUCCCUUCUCUUACACAUCUUUCCCAAACACUCAAAAGAAACAUUCCAUCUUGGAAUCCCAUUCCCAACAUUCCCAACAUUCCCAUUCCCCAAUGACCUCUCUCCUCCCUCUCCUCCUCCUUCUCCUCCUCCUCCACCCCAUCUCCACCCAUUCCAACCCCAACCCACCAACACUCCAACCCUUCCUAACCGACCCAUCAUCAUCACCACCAGUAACAAUCCCAGCUUUCCCAGAACAAUCAGACCUCACAGGCUGCCAUCUAACCCUCCCUGACCAAUUCUACCACAGCAUCAAAACCUCUUGUUCCACUUCCGGGCAGCUAAAAAAGGGCAGAUGCUGCCCAAUACUUGCUUCAUGGCUCUACUCAGCUUACUCAGCCACUGCUCUUGGAUUAAUCAACACAAAACCCAACACAGAAUUAGAAGAAGAAAAAGAGAAAGCUUCAAAAAUCAACAAUACCAUGUCCUUUGAUAUGCCUAUGCUUCCUGAUGAUUCUGAAACUUGUGUUGGUGAAGUUGAUAAGGCUUUGAGAGGAAGAGGGAUUGAGUUGGUUGGACCUAAUGAAACUUGUGAUGUUGUUUAUUGUUAUUGUGGGAUUAGAUUGCAUCCUUUGAGUUGUCCUGAAGCUUUUUCGAUUGGGGAAGAUGGAAAGGUUAGAGGUGAUAAAAGAGUGAGGAGAUUGGAAAGGGAUUGCUAUGGAAAGAGUGGUGAUGUUAAUGGCUUUCCUGGUCUUGGUGGUUGCUCUAAAUGCUUAAAUGCUCUUCACUUGCUCAACAACAACAACAACAAGGCUUUGAAUACAAGCAAAUCAGAGGAUAGGACCACCAAAAUGCAUAACAAGGAUUGUCAACUAAUGGGCCUAACAUGGCUCCUUGCCAAAAAUCGGACGGCUUAUAUGCGCACGGUUUCAGCCGUCUUAAGGGCAAUCAUGCUGAGCUCGGACGAAGACUCAGAUCAACUUCGUAGAUGUCCAUUAACAAGCGAUGGGAUGCCUCUAGCCGUUGAUUCUUCCGAGUUAUCGGAUCAAUCCUCUUCCACUAUAAUUGGAGAAAAAACAUUAUUCACCAUUUCUCUCUUCAUUGCAUUUACUUCUUUCUUGUAUUGUAUCCUCUUCAUUGCAUAAUCAUUCUAGUUUAGUUACCAACUAGAGAAAGAGUGUAUUCAUGGUGUUAAUUUGACACUUUGUAUCUGUUUUGUGUAUUAUGAAAAAUGCCAAUUUCCCCCA